CCCGCAGCUGCGGCCGAGGCGCCGGGGCCCCUGAAGCGGAAGCAGCGGCGCUACCGCACCACGUUCAGCAACUUGCAGCUGGAGCAGCUGGAGCGGGCGUUCCGCAAGUGCCACUACCCCGACGUGUUCACCAGAGAGGAGCUAGCAAUGCGUCUGGAUUUAACAGAAGCCAGAGUUCAGGUCUGGUUUCAAAACAGAAGGGCAAAAUGGAGGAAACGUGAAAAAACUGAAUUGUUAGGGAACGUUCCAGGACUCUCCUUAACGCAUCCAUUGGGUCUGUUUUUGGACAUUCCAUUGAGUCAGUCUCCUCUUCUGGACCACGCAUGGAGAUCAAUGCCACUUUCAACAAUAGCUAUGCCAUCCGUAACUCCAGCAUUCAACCCUGCAAGUUUAGGGCCGUUUGGUCUCAGCAGUCUUGCCUGGACAUCUCUCUUCAGAAAUCCAAUUUUAAGUCCCCAUUUUGGAAGAUUUCUCAAUGCUUUAAAUCCUCUCAUGACAACAGCUUCAGUCUUAAUGAAAGCACCAGGACCUCCGUCAGACCCUGGUCUCACUGCCUUCACUGAUCCGGCAGCAGUUGAAAGGAAAACGUCGAGCAUUGCAGCACUAAGGCUCAAAGCGAAAGAACAUUCAGCACAAAUCCCUCAAUUAAACCUCCUAUCCAGUCUUACAAACACUAACAAAGAACUUUGUUAGGAACUUUCCCGCAGACUGCAGUAGCAUAGGAGAAAGCAAAUGCCUUCUCCCAUAAGUGGAUCCAGUUAUACAGAGGCAUAUAAAAAAACCCAUCCAUCUGUAGAUCUUCCAUCUGCAAAAUGGACUGAUGGAAAUUUUAAUCCUGCUAAAAAUAGCUUUCCUUUAUUAUAACACAAAAUUGUGCGGUCAUGUAGCAAAUGAUAAAUGACUACUUAUGGUGAAUUUUCAACAUUACAAAAGAUAUACAUCAGGAAUUGAUUCUUCUACAUAAAUAAAACUAAUGUGAAGAACGAGUUUGCUGUGAAACCCCAUGAUGUACUGGACAUUAGCACAAAGGUUGAAAAUCCUCUGUAGAAAUAACUCUGGAGUUUUAUAAACAAUCCUUAAAUGAUGUCUCAGGAGGAACUGUGUAACCACAAUAGUUUAGACCUAAGAAUCAAUAUAUGGUAUGUUCUUAAUUUAAAGAUCAUGCUUCACGUUGAAGUACAAAUGCCAGUGAAAUUUCACAAAGUAAACAGAAUGAUCAGGAAUGAGGUAUGAAAUAUUUUGAAUAUAGGGCUUUGAUUCAAAACUAGGUUUGUACAAAAUGUAUCCUGUUUCAAACUGAAAUAAACAAAAAAAAGUUUGCUUA